AUGAGCGCGUGCGCGGCGGCCGCCAUGCGCGAAAAGCACGCGGCGCCGCGCCGCCUCGCAUCCCCCCCGCCCUCGCCGCUGGACCACCACUCCAGCCCCCUCGGCUCCCCUCGAGCAGACGAGCCGCUCGACCUCAGAGUCACUCAUAAAAGACCGCAACGACUGGAAGAUGAAAACUGCAACCUCAUUAUACCCUCGCCACCGCCGCACCCGACGCAUCCGGCCCACCCGGCUCACCCGGCCCUACUACAGUUCUGCAGAAGGCUCCCGCUAGCUUUACCGGCCUCGUUCGGCCGAUACCCGUUCCUACCUGCAGCGGCGGCGACACUACUCGCUCCCGGCGCUCCCAGAGCACCACCCUUACCUCCGAACCCUGGAGCCCCCAGGGCGAGAGACCGGUACACAUGCUCCUACUGCGGGAAAGCGUUUCCUCGGAGCGCCAAUCUAACGAGACACUUGCGGACGCACACCGGCGAACAGCCGUACCGAUGCAAAUAUUGCGAGAGAUCGUUCUCGAUAUCCUCAAACUUACAACGACACGUACGGAAUAUACACAAUAAGGAGCGGCCGUUUCGGUGUCGUCACUGCGACCGUUGUUUCGGCCAGCAGACGAACCUCGACCGGCAUUUGAAGAAACACGAAGCAGAGAACGGCGACGAUAGCCGCCGGAGGUCUCCGGAUGAGACGUACUUCGAGGAGAUCAGGUCGUUCAUGGGGCGAGUGGCGCCAGCGCGCCGCACUGCCGCCGCCACCACGGCCGCUGACCACACCUGA